AGCAAUGAUGGCGUCGGUCUGUGCAAACUUUCUUGUCGUGAUCUCUUUGAUGUCCUUCGCUGCAUCCAUCCGAUCGGCAAAGAUCGUAGGUUUGCCGAUGAUGGGUGGCAGUCAGUACAUGGGGAUGAAGAACAUUGGUCUAGAGCUUGCCAAACGUGGSCAUCAGUUCACCAUAUUGGUAAGCAGUGCCCAAAAGAUCAAACCCGCAAAGGAAAUACACCACAGUGUUUACAAAGUUCCUUAUGGCUCAGAUGUAAUUGAAAACCUUGCAGCUAAAUCAAUCAAUGAAGGCAUGAUUGGCACUUUGAUGUCUAGCAAUGUUACCAUGCCUGGACUUCAAGAAGAUUUUUGUGAAAAGUUAAUUACUAGCAAAGAACUUCUUGAACCACUCAAAAGCUUUGAUCUCUUGAUCACAGACACUUCKAUGCCUUGUGGCCACGUGCUGUCAGAUUAUCUAGACAUCAAAAAGGUGGAGUACUGCCCAGUAUCACCAAGAUCCAUGUUACCUCUAUUAGACCCUUAUGACAGCUUGUCCAUUGGAUCGUAUGUGCCUAUGUUGAUGACAUGGAACCCAGGAAGAAUGAAUUUCCUUCAGCGAGUAAAGAAUAUAAUUAGUGCGCUGGUGAUGAUUGCGAUGGACCCAUUUCUUUUUCACAGACCACUGGAGAAACUUAAAGUGAAGCACAACAUUAAACCAGACAAGAGUUUCUCAGAAUCAAUGAAUGAGAAUCAGCUUAUUUUGUUUUUGUCUGACUUUGCAUUGGAAUAUGUAUAUCCAGUCCCACCACACUUUAAACUGAUCGGUGCAGUGAACAUCCAGCCAGUCAAACCCYUCCCCCCUGAUCUACAGCAAUUGAUUGACAGUUCAGGUGAUGACGGAGCCAUUAUCGUGUCUUUUGGAUCCAACAUUGCUGCGAUGUCAAAAGAAAAAGUCGACAUCAUGGCUGAAGCGUUUGGUAGAUUGAAACAGAAAGUGAUUUGGAGGCUUACAGGAUACAUCCCAUCGUCUCUCAGCUCCAAUAUCAAGCCUGUUUCCUGGUUACCGCAAAAUGACUUGCUUUCCAACGAAAAACUACGUUUGUUUGUAACUCACGUUGGACAAAACAGUCUCUACGAGGCUGCGUACCACGGGGUUCCUGUGGUUUCUAUUCCAUUGUUUGGGGACCAGCAUGACAACUCUAAAUUGGUAGAGUUUAGAGGAUUUGGACUUUCUGUUGAUUUCUUCAAGUUAACCGCUGAUGAACUACACAGUACUAUAGAACGUGUUAUAAAGAAUCCAAGUUUCCGCGAAAACGCCCAGCGCAUUUCACGCYUGAUGCAAGACCGUCCACGUAGCCCGGUCCAGGARGCUGGUGACUGGAUAGAGUACGCCCUUAGACACGAGAGUCUYGCACAUCUWCGUCCGUACUCYRSYCAACUUCCCUGGUACCAGUAUUUCCUGGUAGAUGUAGCAGUGUUCCUGGUCUUGGUAGUUUUGGUGGUGAUUAUGGUGAUAAAGUACACAGUUCGAUUGAUGUGCUGGGUUUGCUGUCGACGAGACAAGAAAGAAAAAACUCAAUAAACACGAAAGUUAAAGAUUUAGAAAAUACAACCCCAAAUUUGACACAAAAUACUAAUACAUACGYUAACCGAAGAACUAGCUCUGUUUUUGUGGCUAAUGGUUCAUAAAAGGCUUAGUACACUAUGCUAUCACCUUGAAAGUACAUGGGACUAUUUGUAUAGCACGGGUUGUCUUCUUUCGGUCAUCUUGAUAGCUUCUCUUCGGAUACAUUCGUCAAUUAUGCUACAGUUGUUGUGUUAACGCUAGAAGAACGCGCAUGUCUCGGAAGCAUUGCAGGUGACCAAGUCGAAGCUUUGGACAUGAGCUCGCGCUCGCAACUGACGUUGCUGCUGGUAGCUAACCAUCGAGGUGACGAUUCUUCUAUCGGCAUUCUAUGGGAAGAAGACGUUCUUAAAAACGCCUGCAUAAUUCUAGGUGUACAAUGAUUUGAAAAUGUUUAGAAAACUGUUAUUUACUCAAGCUUUCGUCGGUCGUCSACAUCGUCAGGAGAAUGAAGGAAUUUACAUUAGCGUAGUGUAUGGCCUAAAACUUCACUUAUUAUUCUGCACAACACGAUGCUACUGAAAGAUAAUUUCAGUACGAUAAUAAUCAUAUCAAUUUUUUGAAAACUUUUGUAGAUGCACACAUAAUUAUAUCAAAAUAGACAACUCCAAAUUUCACUUAAAUACGUUGAAUAUGCAUCAUUUCGAUCAGUAGGAAGCUCAACUGACCCACUUGCUAAUGUUCCUUGGAAGWRGGUUCGUGCAGGAGUAAUUACGCGCGGGAGUAAACAGUUGGGAAGGUCUUGACCCGUUUGCCCUCCAAUGCCUUUAUCAUUAUUCUUCGAGUACAUUUAGUAAAUUUAGGUAAUAG